AUGAUAACUCUGGAGGAAUUCGGAGUGACAUGGUUACAUAAUGAGGGGCAGGACGAGCUGCGCGUUUCCCGUGACCAGAAAGCCCGACCGGUUAUCGUUCCAAAAGACCCUGCGAAGAUGCCGAUGUUUGCUGGCUAUGCUGAAACGGUGAACGCCGGAAAAACGAGUCUAAAUGAAGACCAGGCCGUAGCUAAAUUCCUCACUUUUAUGAAAAACACCGAAAAUGCCUCUGCUCAUGGCAAGAAUGAGACAAACCUGACAACACGUUUUUCAACGAAGCAGUCAUUUAUGGCGGACGAGCAACUGCUGUCGGAACCGCGUAAUUCUUCGGUAAUGAAAGACGACAACCAAAUCGAAGAUGAGAAAGCGUUGCUACCAAUUGCUGGUGGCUGUACGGCUGUGGUGGCACUGUUUCUUGCUGGAAAACUUUACGUGGCAACAGCAGGCGAUUGCAGGGCUCUGCUGUGUUCUGAAAAGUGCACCAGGCAGCUGAGCACUGUUUUUACUCCGCUGUACGAACGCAAGAGACUUCAAAGCAUCGCAUAUCGACAUCCAAAUCUGCUUCGCAAGCAGUUUAGUCGCCUGAUUUACAGCAGGACUUUGACUGAUGCGGACCUGAACUCAAAGGUGUUCUAUCAAGACUGGUAUAUGGACGGAUGGGCUGUGAAGACCGUGCAGCCGACAGAUCUUCUACCAUCAAUGAUUGGAUUCUAUAAUCAGAAGUGCCGUCUGUUUAAUACAAUUGCGGUAACCCGUGGUUUUGGAGACCACCAUCUUGUGACCGCAAAAAAUGGCAUCCAGAUCAAGAAUUUUCUCAGUGCCCUGCCAGAGGUAAAUGUCGUAGAUUUCAGUGAGCUAAACUGUCUAUCGCACCGAGACGUUCUUGUCUUGGCAUCAGAUGGCUUAUGGAAUGUACUAAGUACCGAAAACGUGGUGCAGAUCAUCACCGCUGGCGUAAACGCGCACGAUGAAAAUGAUGUGACAACAUACACCCUCAUAGCUGAAGAACUAGUGGCGGCAGCGCGCGGUCAGUCUGUGGAUGGAAUCACCUGGCUACUGGACGAGUCUAAGCCAGCUUCUGACGAUGAUAUCAGUGUUUUUGUGAUCCCCCUGAAGUUUGCUUUCGUUCCAAAUUCUGAAGACGAUGUUGAGUUGCUUACCUAG